AUGAGUCACUCUGGCUCUCGGAAACUUUGGCUCUGGGUGGCAUUGCUCCUGCUUCCUGCUUCUAUGUCCGUGACAGUCAGGGACACGCCAGAUAAACAAUGUCCUGUACUGAGAACAGAGGGGCAUCAGUUUAUACAAGACAACAGAGAUAAGCUUGAAGUUUCAGGUUUUGAUCUAGGAGAGAGCUUUUCUUUGCGACAUGCACUUUGUGAAGGUGAUAAAACCUGUUUCAAAUUGGGAAGUGCGCUUCUUAUGAAAGAUACUAUUAAGAUGUUUCCUCAAGGCCUUCCUGAGGAGUAUGCCAUAGCAGCCGUGUUCCGUGUACGAAGAAGCACCAAGCAGGAACGGUGGUUUCUAUGGCAGGUUUUAAACCAGCAGAAUAUGCCACAGAUUUCUAUAGUAGUUGAUGGUGGAAAGAAGGUGGUGGAAUUGAUGCUCCGUGCUGCUGAGGGAGAAGUGUUGAACUACGUUUUUAAAAACCGAGAGCUCCGUUCUUUGUUCGAUCGUCAGUGGCAUAAACUUGGCAUCGGUAUACAAUCCCGGGAAAUUUCACUCUAUAUGGAUUGUAGUUUAAUUGCAAGCCGGCAUACUGAUGAAAAGGAUGCUUUGGACAUUCAAGGAAGGACUGUUAUCACCGCACGAGCUUCAGAUGGCAAGCCUGUGGACAUUGAACUUCACCAACUUAAAAUCUACUGUAACUCAAACUUCAUAGCUAAAGAAACUUGUUGCGAAAUACCACAUACUAAGUGCCCAGAGCAAGAUGGCAUUGGAAGUACUGCAUCAUCAUCACUACCUGCUCAGGCCAGCAAAGUGUCUGCAUAUCUGCCAGCAAAGCAGGAACGUGAAGACCAGUGUCAGUGCAUUCCAAACAAGGGAGAAGCAGGAUUACCCGGAGCACCAGGCUCACCUGGUCAGAAAGGGGAUAAAGGAGAACCGGGUGCAGUUAGUGUUAAAGGUGAAUUUGGUGCUCCUGGAACCCCUGGGGGAAAGAUAGUCGUCCCUGGCCACUUCGCGCUUCGACUUUCGCAGCUUCACAUUCAUUUGUUUGGAGAACAAGGUGUUGAAGGCAGCAAAGGAGAAAUUGGUGAAAAGGGUGUACAAGGAGAAAAAGGAGACCCAGGUCUGGCAGGCAUUAAUGGACAAGAUGGUUUGAAAGGUGACCUGGGUCCUCGUGGUCCACCUGGCCUGAAAGGAGAAAAGGGAGAUACAGGACCUCCAGGACCACCAGCCUUAACUGGUUCCCUGGGAAUUCAAGGCCCCCAAGGUCCACCUGGAAAAGAAGGUCAGAGGGGAAGACGAGGAAAAACAGGUCCUCCAGGAAAACCAGGACCCCCAGGACCACCUGGACCUCCUGGAACACAAGGAAUACAUCAGACUCUUGGUGGAUAUUAUAACAAGGGACACUUUGGUGAACACGGAGCUGAUGGCCCAAAAGGAGAGAAGGGUGAAACUGGACAAUCAGGAUUUCCAGGGUCUGUUGGCCCUAAAGGUCAAAAAGGAGAAUCUGGGGAACCUUUUACAAAAGGUGAAAAGGGAGAUAAAGGAGAACCUGGUCUAAUAGGAUCACAAGGAAUGAAGGGUGAACCUGGAGAUCCUGGUCCCCCUGGUUUAAUAGGAAGCCCAGGACUAAAGGGUCAGCAAGGACCUGCAGGCUCUAUGGGACCCAGAGGACCACCAGGAGAUAUUGGAUUGCCAGGAGAACAUGGUAUUCCAGGAAAACAAGGCAUUAAAGGAGAAAAGGGAGAUCCAGGAGGGAUUGUCGGUCCUCCUGGGCUUCCAGGCUCGAAAGGGGAGGCUGGUCCUCCAGGGAAAAGCCUGCCGGGAGAACCAGGAUUAGAUGGACAUCCUGGCGCACCUGGCCCACGUGGGCCUAAGGGUGAAAGAGGGCUGCCCGGUGUCCACGGCUCCCCAGGGGACGUGGGCCCGCCAGGGGUAGGAAUUCCUGGCCGAACAGGCUCCCAAGGACCAGCUGGAGAGCCAGGUAUUCAGGGUCCUCGAGGUCUCCCUGGAUUGCCAGGAACUCCAGGGAAUGAUGGAGCUCCAGGGAGGGAUGGAAAGCCAGGUCUGCCAGGCCCCCCAGGAGACCCGAUUGCACUUCCUCUCUUGGGAGACAUCGGUGUUUUGCUCAAGAACUUUUGUGGCAACUGCCAAACCGGUGUCCCAGGGCUGAAAAGUAACAAAGGAGAAGAAGGAGGUGCUGGUGAGCCUGGAAAGUAUGAUUCUGUGGCCCGAAAGGGUGACACAGGGCCACGGGGUCCUCCAGGAAUCCCGGGCAGAGAGGGACCAAAGGGAAGCAAAGGAGAACGGGGCUACCCUGGGAUACCUGGGGAGAAAGGCGAUGAGGGUCUUCAGGGAAUGCCAGGUAUCCCAGGAGCCCCAGGCCCAACUGGACCCCCUGGCUCAUUGGGAAGAACUGGACAUCCUGGUCCCUCUGGGACGAAGGGUGACAAGGGCAGUGAGGGGCCUCCGGGGAGACCUGGACCACCUGGACCGCCUGGUGUGCCAUUCGUUGAAGGAAAUGGAAUGAGCAGUUUAUAUAAAAUCCAGGGAGGUGUGAAUGUCCCCAGUUAUCCAGGGCCCCCCGGCCCCACUGGCCCAAAAGGUGAUCCUGGCCCAGUGGGAGAACCUGGUGUAAUGGGUUUGCCAGGACUAGAAGGAUUCCCAGGUAUAAAGGGAGAUCGAGGCCCAGCAGGUCCCCCAGGAAUAGCCGGCAUGUUGGGGAAGCCUGGAGCCCCGGGGCCUCCAGGAGUUCCAGGGGAACCGGGGGAGAGAGGACCUGUUGGAGACAUCGGUUUCCCUGGACCGGAAGGACCCCCGGGAAAGCCGGGAAUAAAUGGAAAAGAUGGAUUGCCUGGUGCUCAGGGUCUCAUGGGUAAGCCUGGAGAUAGAGGCCCCAAAGGAGAACGUGGUGAUCAGGGGAUUCCUGGAGACAGAGGCCCACAAGGUGAACAGGGAAAGCCAGGCCUUCCGGGCAUGAAGGGAGCCAUAGGUCCUGUGGGGCCACCAGGAAACAAGGGCUCUGUGGGAUCCCCUGGGCACCAGGGGCCUCCAGGCAUUCCGGGCAUCCCCGGCACUCCAGCUGAUGCAAUUUCAUUUGAAGAAAUAAAGAAAUAUAUUAAUCAAGAGGUUCUAAGGAUUUUUGAAGAGAGGGUGGCCGUGUUCCUAUCCCAGCUCAAGCUACCAGCAGCAAUGUUGGCUGCCCAAGCUCAGGGGAGGCCUGGCCCACCGGGAAAGGAUGGAUUACCUGGGCCACCAGGAGACCCUGGGCCCCAAGGCUACCGAGGACAGAAAGGAGAAAGAGGGGAACCUGGCAUUGGGCUUCCAGGGAGCCCGGGUCUGCCUGGAACUUCAGCUCCAGGUUUGCCAGGCUCACCAGGUGCCCCAGGUCCUCAGGGACCCCCAGGACCUAGUGGAAGAUGUAACCCAGAAGACUGCCUCUACCCUGUAUCUCACGCCCAUCAGCGGACAGGUGGGCAAUAAACACACCUGAGGAAGACUUGAUUUCCAGUGAUAUCUCCUUGCUCUUGGAGCUCUUAAUGCUGUCAAACCCUCAUGAUAUGUGGGUAGCUUUUUUUUUUCUCCGACAUAGGCAGACAUUAAAGGCAACAAUUUGAAUCCUAUUCUUAUAAUAGCGAUAUCAGCAUUUUUAGAAUUUUUCCCAAAUUCAUUCCAUAUGUUUUGCUUCACCAUUACUGAUUUUUAUUCAGGGUUGUUUUCUAUGAAAUACAUACGCAAAUCUUAUCAUUAGUUCUUCUUUAAGAGAAAAUUACAUUUUAUGAUUUAGUAGACUGAUGGUGAGCUGCAUUUGGUAGUCUCAUCAACAUGUAUUUGGCCUCUGACUUCUGAUUUUAAAGUUUCAGACUUAUCUGGAGGUUUUCUUGGUGGUUAAAUUUACUGCCAUUGCUAAAAAUUUUAUCGUUUUUGACAUAGUGCAUUGCUCCUGCUGAAUGAUUUUUGACUACUUUUUUAGCUUAAGAAUUCUUAUACCAUCCUCCUCCAUCCAACUUAUGCAGAGAAAUAGAUAGGCAUUAAGAGUUUCACUUUAUGACUUAUAUUUU